AUGCAACUUGAAAGAAGUUUGAGGGCUGGGAUAGUGACAGGUUGCCCAAGCCUAGACAGGGGAAGUCGAAAGGCAGAGGUCUGUGAAAGUCAAUGUACUUAUCAACUGGAAAAGUUUGAGACCGAUCGAGAAGUCAUCGUUUCAGAAGAGCUAGUUAAACAAUCGGUACCGAAAAUUGCGAAGGGUGUUGGCAUCAGUAGCGAAACUCAAAAGGGAAUAGACCGGGACUGCUGGUGGCCCUCCAGAAGGGAGAACACCCUGCACUCUGCACUGGUGCAAGUGAGGGAUCACCACCCAGCAAACAGAACCAAGGACUGUAUCUACAAAAUUAAGUAUAACGGCUGCACCAAGGUCUAUAUAGGACAGACGGCCAAGGAACUGCACACCAGAACCAGAGAGCAUAGUAGAAAAAUAAAGAGGCCACUUAGAAACGCAGAUGAAUAUCAAGCGUUACUGAAAGAUUCGGCAAUCGCGGAACACGCACUGGGCAUGGGACACAAAAUAGAGGUUUUGAAGCGGGAACUACGGCCCACGUCACAGAGAAUGAUAGCCGAGGCGGUAGAAAUCGCCAAGCACUCCAGUGUUAACAGAAUGGAAGGCGUGGAACUGGAAUCCACACGGAUCCCACUAUACCGUACGUCUUUAGGCGUUGCUACGGCCGAUAAGCCUGGCCCGCUCGAGGCUGGCCCGGAAUUCGGGACGCUUGCCGGUCCGUCAUCAAGACGAGAUCUGAUUGGUCAACAAUCUGGACCCAACAGCCAAUCAUGA